AUGCUUUUGCCCUGGGUCUACUGGGCUGGGAUCUGCCUGCUGCUGCUCUGCAGGGGCUGCUGGCUGGAGGAGGCUGCCAGUGGUGUGAAGGAAGCAGUGAAGUCUGAAAGCUUUAUUGCAGCAGCCCUUGGUGGAGAGGCUAACAUCUAUUGCAACUUCUCGCUCUCCCUGGAUGUCUUGCAAGUCACCUGGCAGAAGAGAAACGGGUCUUCCUUCCAGAACAUAGCCACCUACAGUAAAACCUAUGGGCUGCGGCUGAUAGGGUCAUUUCAGAAGAAGGCGUGUUUCACUAGAGCAGCCCUGAAAGCCUCAGCUAUCACAAUCCAAAAUCUCACUUUUGAGGAUGAGUCCUGCUACAGAUGCAUCUUCAAUGCGUUCCCUGAUGGCUCUUACAGUAAAGAUAUAUGCCUCAACAUUCAGAGUAACAGAAACACAAACAAGUCAGGAGUAGGAAUGCUGGGGUUUGGUUCCCCUGCUACCAGAGGUAAACGGAAGAGCAUAGCCAUUGUGGUGACCUUCAUAGGUGUGAUCUCCACAGUAUUAAUAUUUUUCAUCAUCAGGCUAAUCUACAGAAAGAGGAAAAAUCUGCAGAGACCCAGAGCACCCAGCACACCUGCAAGGGAGAAAGGUUUAGAGCAGGAUGUAAGUGAGCAAGCCGCAAACCUGUGCACACCAAAGGACCAGCGCACUGCUUACCAAAAUGAGGAAGAGACACCAGGAUCUUGGCUUCGCAAAAGGCUACCACAUAAAAAGAGAAACUUGGAAGAGACCCCGAGGUACAGCCUCUCAUUUCCAGAGGAAGCAGAGAGCUCAGACGUGCUUCAGAGGGAACUUGCUGAGGUGUGCGAUGAGGAGUUGGGCUGCAUGCCCAUGGUGGAGCACAGAGAGGCAACAGCAGUGAAAGGAGAAGUUACGGGUGUAGAAGGUACGGGUGUGGAAGCCUGUGAAGUUACCAUCCUGAGCAACACGUUGCUGCAUCUUCGCCUCUGCUGUUCCACGAGUGAUCAGGCAGGAGAAUCUGUGCUGCGGGUACAGCAAGACCUGUGGGAGCAUACCAAGAUAGUAGGUAUUUGGGAAAAAGUAGUGUGGUUAAGGACUCGAACAGGAAAGCUUCCCCCAUAG